UGUUCUGGAAAGAAUGCUGGGUUCAGGGGGCGUCCUUGGCCGGCUGCGUGGAUUCUUCCUGAGAGCUCUCCGGGUUCACGGCGCGCGGCAGGUGGCAGCUGGCCAGAUGUGCUCAGGCGCAGUGAGAGGCAGAAGGAAAUGUGUUUGCCUGGGAAGUAUUCGGAUUCUGUGAAGUCAUCCUGGAGAGCCCCUCUGGAUGCUCAUCCAGCUUCAGGCAGAUGGGUGACCUCUCCUCCAGGAUAUUAACAAUAUCUGCAGAGCUGGGCAGAUGGCAUGAUAGUCCUGGAUCCAAAGCAUGUUUUUAGAAAAAUAUAACACAUCUAAAUAUCAGAUUGCCCUGGGGACAAGCACCCUGAAAUGACACCUUCAUGAAAAGUUUGCCUGAGGAAGAUUGCAAAAUGUUAAGGAAGGAACUCAAAGGAAUAAGGAAGCUCAGUAUUCAGCCUCUGAGAUCAACGUGGGGCUUUGGAAGAUGCUAAACACGUCUGCGUGGUGGCCUACCUUGGACUGUUCAUGCUUUGUGUCUCUUAUCAAGUUGACGAGAGGACGUGUGUCCAGUUUUCUAUGAAGGUGUUCUACUUCCUGCUGAGCGCCCUUGGUCUGAUGGUCUGCAUGCUGGCCGUGGCCUUUGCCGCCCACCACUACUCCCUGCUUGGGCAGUUUACCUGCGAGACCUCCCUGGACUCUUGCCAGUGCAAGCUGCCUUCCUCGGAGCCGCUCAGCAGGGCCUUUGUUUACCGGGAUGUGACAGACUGUACCAGCAUCACUGGCACUUUCAAAUUGUUCUUAAUCAUCCAGAUGGUUCUAAACCUGGUCUGUGGCCUUGUGUGCUUGCUGGCUUGCUUUGUGAUGUGGAAACACAGGUACCAGGUCUUUUAUGUGGGUGUUGGGCUGCGCCCCCUGAUGGCUUCUGAUGGCCAGCAACAGAAGGCCUAACGGGUUGGCUCAGAGGGGUACAAGCUCAUAAACAGCACACCCACCGACUAGCCAAGGUGAAAACCCACAAUUUUUUAAAGGCAAACUUUUGACAACAAAUACUUUUUCAUUCUCUAAAUGUGUAUUUUUAGAUUUUUUUUCAGAAAACAAAACCUAUUUUGGAUCUCUAUUGUACUUUUUUAAAAGCUUCUUGCGAGGAUGGGGUGGAGAGACGGCUCAAGAUUGAAGCGGACUUACUGCUCUUGCGGAGGACCCUAGUUCAAGUUCAGUUCUGGAGCCCAUGUCGGUGCCUCACAAUGACCUGUAUCUCCAGCUGCGGGGACAUUGGGUGCUACGCACGCACGCACGCACGCAUGCAUACACGCGUAAUUUAGAAAAGCCAACUUGUUUUUAAAGUUCUAAUAAGAAACAAGAUUCAAAUUGACUUGGGGAACACCGAAGGGAAAAGAACAACCGACAAGGAACGGAUGACCUAGAGCCGGUGCUAUGCUCUGGUGCUUUUAUCCCUACCACACUGCGCUCUCUCACAUCCCCGCCCCCUCCACCUUCCGGUUAGCCCAGUGCGAGGUGGGAACUGGCAUCACAAGACACUCCCUAGACUCUAGAUUCUUCUAGCUCUCUCUGCCACCUGCCAUUAUCCCCAUGGUGUCUUGAGAAAGGUCUAAGGAAAUCCGGAUCUCAGUUGAGUGUUUUUAUUUUUCACAGUGGAGAUGUCUUAAAGGUAUGAAAUGGCUUUAAAAAAAAAAAAAAAAAAAAAAAAAACCAAAA